GGUUAUCUCCUAACCUCAUUUUAAGGUCAUAAUCCAUUUGGAGUUAUUAUAUUAAUAAUUAUAAUAUAUUAUAAUAAUAUUAUAGAAUUAAUUUGUUGAACAAAAUAACUCAAACAUGGUAGAAGAACAAAGGCAACGAAUAGAACAAGAAAUGACAAAGAUGAUAAAUGAACUGGAUCUUCUUUAUAUACGAAAAAUACAGGGGGAUAUGCAUAGAUGUGCGGCUAAAUGCUGUGAUAAUAAUAAAAUCUCUCUAGAAGGAGUCCAAAAAUGUGUCGAGAACUGCUCUACGACCUUGAACUGGACUCAGAAUUAUGUUCAAACAAAUUUGAAUAUGUUUCAAAAUAAAUUACAAAGAUGUGUAAUGGAUUGUAACGAUGACAUAAAAGUUAAAAUGGGUCCCAAUCCUAAUGAUUCAGAGGUGGAUAAAUUCACUGCCCUGUUUGAAAACUGUGCCAAGAAUUGUGUUGAUAGACAAAUGGAGUAUUUACCCUCGCUGUUAAAAAAAAUGAAGAGGGAUAUAGCUGAAAAUGUUAAAGACAAGUCAUAAUAAAAUAAAUUUAGCCUAGUGUAAUAAAAACAAAUGUGCCUAUUA